AGAAUAUCCAACAUUAAUUUUUAUAUCAUAUUUAAUAAAAAAUAUAAAUUUAUUUUGAAAUAUACCAUCUACCGAGAUAUGGGAUAAAUUAGUCCCGAAUUAUAAUUUCGGGAUAAUUUUGGCCGUGCACCAAACGACCCAUUAUAAUCUAUGAUGAUUCUUUAUUCUCAUUGCAAAAUUUUGUAAAAUCAAUUUUGUUUCUUUUAAAUUUGGGAAUUUUGAUUUGAAAUUGAAAUGGAUGGGAAUAAUUGGAGGGGCCCACAACAAGGUCAAGCCGAUGAUGUUACCGGAGAUCCGACCGGGGCUCCGACUGGAACUAUGGAUUCCGGUGAAUGGCGAACUCAACUAUUACCCGAUUCUCGUCAAAGGAUUGUCCACAAGAUAAUGGAGACCUUAAAGAGGCAUCUUCCUGUCUCUGGGCAAGAAGGCGUACAAGAACUCAAGAAAAUUGCAAUAAGGUUUGAAGAAAAGAUAUAUAAUGCUGCUACAAGUCAGCAAGAUUAUCUGUGGAAAAUAUCUUUAAAGAUGCUGGCCAUGGAGACAAAAUCUCAGCCCAAUGCUGCAAAUGGUGGUCAGAGUGCCCCUGGCCCAGGAUCCCACAGCAUACAGUCCCAAGUUAACAGCCAAGCACAGCAACUUCCUGUACUGGCCAAUCAAAAUCAAACACGACAACCGCUGAUGCAGCAAAACAUUCAGAACAACAUGGCAUCAACUGGGCUGCAAAAUUCUGCUAGUUUGACUCCCGCACUUCCUCCUGUGAGUAAUUUGACGCAGGGUGCCAUGCAAAAUGUUAGGGGCCAGAAUCCAAAUUUGCAAACUAUGCCAAAUGUUGGUCAAACCUCAGUAGGAAGUGCCAUUGGUCAAGGCAUGCCUCACAAUAUGAUUCCUAAUUCUCAGAGGCAGAUGCAGGGAAGACAACAACAGGUUCUUUCUCAACAGCAACAGCAGCAAUCACAGACAACACAGCAAUAUCUUUACCAGCAGCAGCUGCAGCAGAUGAUGAAGCAGAAAUUUCAGCCGGGAAACACAUCACAGUCCUUGAUGCAAUCUCACAUGCAGCAACAGCAGCAGCCGCAGGACCAGCAGCAACAACAGCAACAGAACCUUCUACAGCCUACUCAGACACAAUCUUCUCAGCAAGCUAUGAUGCAACCUUCUUCAAUGCAAUCAACUUCUUUGUCCAACCUUCAGCAAAAUCAACAGUCUACCGUUCAACAGCCAACUCAAUCUGUACUUCACCAACGACAACAAUCAGUUAUGAGACAGCAGGCUCCCAUCUUUCAUCAACAACAAUCGUCAAUGCUACAGCAACCAAUUUUACCAGCGCAACAGCAUCAACAACAACAACAGCAACAGCAACAGCAGCUGAUUGCACAACAGACAAAUGUUGCAAACCUCCAGCAGAACCAACUGAUGGGCCGACAGAAUCCGAUGCCUGAUGUGCAGCAGAGGCUAGUGAGCCAACAGAACAACUAUAACAGUCUGCAGCAGCAGCAGUUUAAUCAGCAAAACAACUUUCAAAAUAUGCAUCAGCAGCAGUUGGGGUCUCAAAGUAAUAUUGCUGGGGUCCAGCAGCAACAGUUGUCUGGAAGUCAACAACCUGGUAACCCUGGCUUGACGUCUAAUCAGCACCCUAUCCAUAUGUUGCAACAAUCAAAAGUUCCUGGACAACAACAAAUGCUGCAGGGUGCUACAACCUUGUUACCAAGUCAUGGUCAACAAUCGCAGUCACAGCCAGCACAACAGCAAAUGAUGUCUCAGAGUCAAUCACAACCAGGACAGUUACAACCACCUUUGGGUUUGCAGCAACAGACGAAUCAAUUGCAAAGGGAAAUGCAACAGAGGCUUCAAACAUCAGCUCCCUUGCUUCAACAUCAGAAUGCAAUGGAACAGCAGAAGCAGCUAUAUCAAUCACAAAGAGCCGCACCAGAAGCCUCAUCAACAUCUUUAGAUUCUACAGCUCAGACGGGAAAUGCAAAUGCAGCUGAUUGGCAGGAGGAGGUUUACCAAAAGAUAAAGUCUAUGAAGGAGAUGUAUUUGUCAGAGCUCAAUGAUCUAUACCAGAAAAUUGCUACUAAAGUGCAGCAGGACGCUACCGACGCGUGGCUCACGCGUAACGGCUCUACCGGACCAAUGACCACGGAUAAUCGGACUAACGGCCUCGACCGGCCCGGUGGUGAAAAAACCGGACCAAAUGGUGCCUCUGCUUAGCUCCGGUCCAAGCGUUCCUCCGAUUCGGAAUACAAGUCUUCAUGUAUGCUCUCGUCCUCUUCUUCCUUCGGUUCCUCGUCUCACCGGUUUGACUCAUAUCCGGUUUUACCGUACACACUGAGAUUUCAUGUGUUCAAAAUUAAUAAUCUCGUUAAAUUCCAAAUGUUUUCAGUUACUAAUGAUCUCUCAAUUUUUGCCUGUCUGUCUACUACUGUA